GGCUCAGUGCCCGUGGCAGUGCGGGCCGUGGUGCUGCUCUGACACGGGUCUCGUUUCUUCCUGUGAAUGAUUGUGACGCGAGGACUCACGGGUCAGCGGCGGCCACUGACACGCCCGAGGCACUAAGGAUCAGCGAGCGGCGGCGGGAAGCGCUCCGGCGGAUCAGGAAGGACGGCGGGCGUGCGGCGGCCUGGCCCGAGUGACAGUCGAGCGGACUCCCCGGAGACGUGUUUCGUAUAAUACUAUAAUGGUGCUGCGUCAGUGGUGAGAGAAAAAAAUAGUGUUGCAGUGCUUUGAUGGUGUAAGCAAUGUUUUUCGGGGCCUCCGUGUGGUCUUACAAAGCAGCCCCGACGCCGCGAGGACCAGCUGGGAAAAAAAGAGCAAGACGCGGCGGAGCGCUGCCACGGGCGCUGCCACCAGGAGUGUGGGAGGAAAAUGUGUCGGCGCCGCUCCUCUACGGAACGUGUGUUAAGUAGGAAUGUGUCGUAGUGUUGCGAGGCCUCGCUCAGUGACAUCACGCCAGAAGUGUCACAGGCACAAGUUACCCAAAAAUGACGCUUGCGAGGCACUCGUGGAGUGUUUACUAUCGUCCGUCCAAACAAAAUAACACACGCGAGUGUUGCCAUGAGGUCUGCCUCCACAACUUGACGUCACCAUGAGUUCUGUGUAGCCCCCUGUUGUCUAGGGUGUCUCGAAAAGACGAAAAAAUAGUACCGCUGAGUUGUGGAGAUGUAGCCAAAAAACAUAUACUUUGAAAAUUAAACAUGAAGACACAGGUAAGAGAGCAUAUGAUACAAGACUCUAUACCCCGAUAAAUCAUUGAGUAAUAACAAAGGGCAGAGAGAAAAGUGUGUUGAAAUUGUCUCUUGCUUGCUGUGAUGAGAAGAAUCAAUUAGAGUGGAAGAUGGUGGAGGUAACCUGUGAGCUAAAGUGGGCAAUGGGUGAACGGUUUUGUGGCCCAUGACUGUGAAACUCAUGACUAUCAGCGGCCAUAGGACACAUCAGCUCGUGCCGCGUCAGAAGUUCGCCCCCAGGCGACAUGCUUAAGCACCCAGGGGGAACAGACGCCACGAUGUGCGUCCCAGAUGAUCGUCCACGCAAGAAAUUGUCUUUCCGUGAGCCUGAGGUUGUCACCUCUACCAGGAACGGUCGCCAGCCUCCCGUUCUCCACCUCCCUCCCGAUGGUACAACUCUCCCUGCCCAUUCCGUCCUUCAUCAUCCGUCGCAUGAUCAAUCGGGCCAGCACCACCAUCCUGGCCACCACCACCCCUCCCACCACCACCCACACGCGUCAAGACAGAGCCUUGGCCGCCCUCACAGUAUAGCUGGCAUCGUGGGUUUGGGUGGCUUCAGUGCCUUGGGCGGCGUGCCGGGAGUCACUAACAUGACUUCCAUCGUAGUCUCCCAAGGAGUUACCUCAUCUGGAAGCGUGUCCGGCGUAACUUCGAUGCUGGGCAAUCCGGGUCUUCUCUCUCACCCAGGCAUUUUGGCGGGGCGACCAACACCUAUAUUAACUCCACCCACCAGUCCCACCCACGCAGCCAGCAGCCAGCUUCCCUCAGCACUACGCCAGGGACCCAACAGCCAGCAGUCAGCCCCUAGCAGUAAGAUAGCGCCCACUCAGACCCCCACAUCUUUGGCAAAGGCGGGUCCAUCUCAAGGACCUCAGUCGAUCUCUAAAGGUGCCGCCAGCCAGGCGCCCUCACCAGCGAUGAAGCUGUCUUCUGCUCAUCAGCCUACCUCACCUACCAUAAAAUCGUCCGCCAACCCACUAGCUGUAUCUUCGGCUAAAACACAUGUCAGCCAGCCAUCUCACCAUCACGGGAGAGCCGCGUCUCUUCAACCCAGCUCAGGAAAGUCUCUGCCCCCAAGCGGUAGCAAGGGUGCAGGCAGCACGAAGCCGACUAAACCCGCAUCACGCAACAGUUCUCUCAAAAAGCAAAGGUCGUCUCCAGUCCAGCAAGCUGUAACUUUCCUCACCGAACACGGGAUAGUUAAUGGCCGUCCCAGAGGCAACUACAACACCACUGCUGGUGCCAUUAGUCUUGAGGAUAUUGAUUUAGAGAGUCAAGCAAUGCGAGUCGUAAGGACGGUAGGACAAGCGUUCGAGGUGUGCCACAAGAUUUCUGUGAAGGACACCCCACAGUCUCAGGACUCUGCCGAAGAUGAAACCAGCGAACAAGGUUCAGAGGCAUCCACAGAAAAGUUGAAGAAAGACUUACUGGACACGGAGAGUACCCAGGAGGACCUAGUCACCCUCACCCCUUCAGACUCUGUCAAUGAAGACUCUGUGGAGCACUUGCUGCAGCGGCCCAAUAAACUGGAGCCCCUGGCGCCUCCUGUUGGCUCCGACAUUUUCCUAAAGGGUGCUGGGGAGACAUACACAUCUCCCCUCAGUGAACCUUUGCCAUCAGGUGACACAUUACCAAUGGCAGGCACUCCACUCUCAGUGCACCAUGAGCUACAGCUGCUGAGAGAACAGUUGGAACAACAGCAACAACAGACCCAGGCAGCAGUGUCUCAGGUUCAUUUACUGAGGGACCAGCUGGCAGCUGAAACUGCAGCCAGGCUAGAAGCCCAGGCUCGGACUCAUCAGCUGCUGGUUCACAACAAGGAGCUCUUGGAGCACAUCCAAGCACUAGUGUUGCAGGUUCGGGAGUUAGAGUUGAAGAUGGCAGGGAGUGGCAAUGUCAUGCCAACCCUGCAGCUUCUCCCUUCACCUCCCGAGAUUAAGUCUCAGCUCUUGGUGACUGAUGCCAGCCCUGGCCAUACAAGCCAGUUAGCUGCAGCGUUGGAUCUUGGGGGUACAGCAUCCACCCUCUUCCACUCCCCUGAACUACCACCCACACCCUCCCCAAGCAUAGCCCACCAUCAGUUCCUCUUCCCAACCCCAUCACCCCCAACCCACUUGGAAUCUCCUUUUGAGGGACUGCCUAGUGGACCUAUCCAAGACUCUAGUACUGUUCCUCAUUCUAAUGAAACCAAGGCCCAUUCACUUUGUAUGGGGCCACUAAUACAUCCCUUACCCUUGUGGGGAGAUGAAGCAGACAGUGCUGGGGAAGUAACCCUGGCUGUGCCCCAACAGGAACCUUCCAUGAAUUCCAAGCUGCGAGGAGUCCCUCGGUCCCGUACAGCUCAACGUCCAGAGGAAUGCAGCAGCACCCCGUCCCUCAGCAGUGAGAGUGACCUCAAACGGGACAGCAGUGGCCAGUCCUCAGGGGAGAGUGUUACCCAGGCUGUGGCACAACUCUAUGCCUUAGAGCCCCAACGUCUGGCAAAAGUACCAGAAGAUGCUGUCACUUUAGGUCCUUAUGGACCAACUCCCCUCGGUACCCCACGCAAUUUGAAUGGACCUAUCACGCGCACUGCCAGUGAGCGAGUCUCCCGGCAGGAGACACUGGCUCAGCUGCAGCGCAUGGCAUGGGCUAGGCAUACAACUAAGUGAAAGUAAGGAACUGCUGAAGUCAGUGAAACUUGCAGUGUAGAAGCAAUGGCAUUCUAUUAUUAAGUGAAAAUUUCUCCAUAAGAACUGAUAUUUUUAAAAUGACUUUGAACAUGCCUCUGUAAAGAAUGUUAGUGAACACGAAAUCUAUUUUCUAUUCCUCUGUGUUGAAUUUUGAACAGGUCUCCGAAAAUUUCCAGGAAAAGCACUGCAUCUAAAAGUAGUUUACUUCAUUGGGGACAAUAAGGAUAUGUGUACGGGUGUAUAAGUGGGAUUGUGAUGUGCAUAAAUGAGUAGUGACCAGCUGAAGCUUCACCCUUCAAAACCUGUGAUACAGUUGAGUGUCCCUUGUGUGUUACAUAUAUUUUUUUUUACAUUCAGGUAUACAAAUAAGACCAUAAUACACGACAGUCAUGAAGGCUGCCUACUUGCAUGCUUGAAUCUCAUAAUUUCCAGUAAGUAAUGGUACAUACUGCAGGACUCAUUUAUAAGAAGGUAGUAUUUUGUGUGCUGGCAGCCUCUUUCGUAGGUUUAAAAAUAAAUAUUAAUUUGUUUAAUCUAGUUUUAGAAAUGAUAUUUAAUUAUUCAUAAUGACUGUAAUACCAGCAUGAUGUGGGACAAAAAGGGGAGUCAGAAAGUGGAGGAAGCUGAAAACUCCCAUGGAGAGUGACCUAUGGAUUGUUCAGAGUUGAUGUCAUGAUCAUGCCAUAUCAUCAGCAUUGUUAUAGAAGGGCUUGUGAAUGUCACACCCAAGAGUAUCAUGUAUGUGACUAAAAGUGUACAUCACCAACCUGAACCAUUUCCUAGCUCCAUAUUCCUUUGUAUAUAUUUCCAGAUUAGUGUAAGGUACAUGUUCUGUAUAUUUUUAUGUAAACUUCAGAAGUAGGCGACAAGACAAAUCAUACCAGUAAAUAUUGUAUGUAUCUUUAAGGAUCUGGAAUCUCAAAUGACUAGCUCCUUUGAUACUUUGACCUAUUUCAUUAGGUCCUGCAGUUACUCAAGUUAUUCGUAUAGUUAGUCUGGUCAAGAUUGUGUCGUAUGUUUAAAUAUCACAUUUUUGUUCCCAUUAGGUUAGUAUAAAAGUCAUUCUCUUCUUCAUACGUGCUACUUUUAUUUCCCAGUGCCAACAUAGUGCCAAAGUGCUUUGCUGAGACAUUAAACGCUAUGAAGGAAGAAACAUUAUUUUGUAUCUUAUCUUCUGUGUUGUGCUCCCUUAUCAAGGUGCUGUGGUGAAGGUAGACAGCAGAUUAUUAAUUAUGUUUUUAUAGGAAAACUGUACUUACGUGAGAAGCUAAGUCUAGUUACUUGAUUAUUGAUGAUAUUCAUGGAUGCAUUCGAGGACCUUUUCUGGUCAGGGGUGAUUGGUGGGAAUAAUCAUGGUGGCAUGGCAUUAGCUGUGUGUUCCCAUAUUUUAAUUCCAAAACUCAGUUUAUUUCUUAUGACACUUGAAGUAGAAAAAGUUUCCAGCCACUUAAUUGGUCUUUCAUUAACACCACAGGCUAUGAAAAGAAAAAUAUUCAAAGCUUCUUCAUUUGUUCAAGUUUAAUCCUAACUUCUUGUUAAUCUAUUAUGAUAAAAAUAUGAAUUGUUAAUAAUGAUAAUAAUAAUGAAAAGUUAUAAUAAUAAAAUAAUAAUUAUUAUUAUUGUGAUUACGAUUAUCAUAAUCAUCCAAAUCAUUUCCUGGGAAUUAAGAAAUGGUCUGAGUAAACUUAGAGAGGGUCAAGGAGAAAAUAAUCUUAAAAAUUGAAGCCUCACCUAGGAAAACUGGUAAUAAGUUAACAAGUAAUGACAAUAACAAUUAUAUUUUAUAUUAUUACUAUUGUUAUUGAAAAAGAAAUCAAGGUGGAUAGUAAAUAGGCUAUAUGUCAUUCUGAUAUGUUCAAAGAAAAUCGUUGGAGGACCCCCAAUUUUAUAUUUUUUUCUAUAUCAGAAUAGCUACAUCCCUCUUAUUCAAAAAUUCUAAUGGCAUGGUAGAAUAUCUCAAUGUCUCAAGCCUAUAAUAAUAAUAAUUAUUAAUAUUACUUUGAUAAUUAAGAAAUAAUUGAAAUUGAUUAAAAAAACUGCCCCCUUGUUUUGACCUUGGCAGGAAAAAUUUUAAGCCCUCCUCCCUUGUCCCUCUUCGUUGUCAUUGGCAAAUAGGAAACAACUAACCUCCCGUGUCUCAAGAAAAUCAGCAUCACCCCAUUUUCCACACCAAACGGUGGAAGAGGGAUGCACUGACCCAAGAAACAAAACUUACGGUUAGAAGAAAAAAGAUCACGCACCUAAAUGGGCCAUCACACACACACACACACACACACACACACACACACACACAAACACUGAAAC